AUACGAUGAGGCGAACGGGUGGCAGCAGUCUAAUGGGGCCUUUGGCUAAUUCCACUACAACCUCGACAAGUUUGCCAAUUCAAACUUUGACAUCGAUGCUUAACGCUGGCGACACCGGCGGAGUAUUGCUUGAUGAGUUCUUUGCGAACUUCACUGAAAGUGAAUGUGCUGGCGCAUCGAUCGCUGCUAACUUUACAAAAGGUGAUGUCCUCCUACGCUGUCCGAGUUCGUGGGAUGGUAUUUCGUGUUGGCCUUCGGUAGCGGCAGGACUGACGGUAUCUCGCUCAUGUAAACUGCUGUUUGAGACAAUGGACGACGCACAGCAUUCGUUGUAUGCACAGUAUGGUGCCGGUCCUCGGGCGUAUCGUCGCUGCAGCUAUAGCGGUCACUGGGCCGAUAAUAUAACCAAUUACAAUGCCUGUAUCGCAGUCAUUAAUAUGGUGAAGAUUCCUGAAAGUUCGGAACAUGCCGAUCUACUUCCGCUCACAGUAACGGGCAUCGUGGUAUGUUUAUCGAGCAUCUCACUGUUGUUUCUCACCGCAUCCGCUUUCAUCUUCGCCCACUUUUCAGGCCUGGAGUGCUCUCGCACCCGUGUCCAUCAACAAUUUGUUGUGGCGCUAAUCCUUAACGCGUUAAGCCUUCUGGCCAUCUCCGUGCCAGUCACCUUGCAUAAUCUGCAGCCUGAUAUACCCAACAUUACAAAGGAAACGCCUCUAUUAUGCAAGUUGGUUCUGUGCGUAAAGAUGUACUCUUCGAACGCAUCGAUCAACUGGAUGUUCGUCGAGGGACUUCUGCUACACUCAAGAGUCACUACACAAAUAUUCAAACAGGAUGCGCCAUUCCGCUUGUACUAUGCAAUAGGAUGGGGUCUUCCUCUGGCAACUCUUCUGCCUUGGGCCGGUGCGAUGCAGGCUGAAUUGCCUUCAGUUGGUUGCUGGGAAGGCUACGCUCGGUCUCCUGCUGUAUGGCUCCUCAUUGCGCCAAGACUUGCGGCCCUUUCUAUUAAUAUGGUGUUUUUAACAAACAUCAUUCGCGUCGUGGUGUCAAGAACUCAGCGAAACAGCGAUGAAAACAAACAAUUCAAGAAGGCAGUCCGUGCAACGCUUCUGCUUUUUCCGUUGCUUGGCGUACCUCAUCUACUGUUCGCUAUAAACCCACAUGAGAUGGAUGCGCGCCUUCAAAACGCCUACUUUGUUAUCAACGCCGUACUACAGUCCUCUCAGGGAAUAUUUGUUGCGGUGAUCUACUGCUUUAUGAACGUUGAGGUGCAAACAUGCAUACGCAAUGCAUAUCUGCGUGCAGCGAUCCGGCGAAAUCCGAAUCGGCGUUCUUUAGUAUCGCAUCGUUUUAGUCGUGGCAUAAACAUCUCUCAACGGAACAGGCUGCCUCUACAAUGUCGACGGAGAAAUCAGGGUAUGAACGGCGGUAAGCCGGUGAUUGUCGUCAUGCAGAAAGCAAUCAAUAAAAAAAUUGCCAGCAAAGAAUGUGACGUCUCAGCGACAUACGUCGACGUAAUCUCAUUGAGUUCUCAUCAGAAGACCUCGGCGAACGCUACAACCGUUAGUGCCACAGUUGCGUUAAGACAAUUUAGCAGCAAUAGCAGUAAAGACUGUAGGACCGUGAUUCGAGAAGUAGAGAAUAGCGGCUCAGGACACGUCGUCCUUAACGAUGGCAGUGACCUAACCAGCAGACGAAGUGCUCAAGAUUACGUUGUUGUCGCCGAAGUAGAUAAUAAUCGCCAACGUCACCAAUCAGCUCUGCAAAUUGUAUAACUAAAUUCGAAGAUAACUCGGUGCAACCAAUGUAGGGCAACGUUGGUAGACGUCCGUAAAUAAGUAAAUCGUCGCAAAUAGCGGACAUUUUUUUCCCGUAACACUAGUCGCUUUUCGAAAUGGAAAUAUUGUUUAUUCGGAAUUUCGAAAAUUAAACUUACAGGCAGAGAGCUAUUUGCAACACUUUAUACCGCCACGGUAGUUGUAUACAGUUGAUUAUGGCUGAACAUAUUUACUUAUUUAUUUAGCAAGCGACAUGAAAUUUACAACAAGAGCAGAUAAAUAAGGGCAACGAAAUUCCUCGAUUCGUUAGUUGCAAUGGCACGAGUGUUAUUGCUGUAGCUUCUUUGUUCUGUAUAGAACAUAUACGUGUACACGAUUAACGCGUGUAGGAACCUAAAAGGAUCUCGUGCGAUGGCAUGUACCUAUUUGCAUCUACUGUUUCGGCCCAUCCAACGGACGGAACUUCUGCUAAAAGUCGACAAAUAGGUUUCAUCUGCAUAAUAGUGUUUAUAGGAAAGGCGAUUUCUAUGUAGAUCACAAUGGAGUGUAUAUACCUAAGUAUAUAUAUCUAUAUAGUGUUGAAAAUGAUGUAAAAAAGACAAUUUCCAGAAA